UCCUUAGCCGUCAGCUGGCAGAGCAAGCCUUUAUUCUGGAAAAGUUUGGAACUGAAAGGUACUCUCAAGAACUGGCAGCUAUGGUCCACCUCAGUGUCACUCCUGAAGUCUCCCUUGCUGACUCGCCAGUGAAGAUUUAUGCCUCUGGCCUGGCCCCCGCCCAGCUUGUGACCUUACACGCANCCUUCUAUGUUCAGAUUAGCCUCUUUAAUUCUACUGUGAUUGUGCCCUUGCCCACGGAUGAACCACUGGCUACUUGCACUGUGGAACGAUGGUACACAGCCCCCGGAGUGGAACGCAUCCCAAUUAAGUCUGGCCGGGUCCGGGGAGCCCUCUUCUUGCCUCCAGGCCCUGGGCCAUUUCCAGGACUGAUUGACCUAUUUGGUGGAGCUGGAGGACUAAUCGAAUUUCGAGCUGGCUUAUUGGCUAGCAAAGGCUUUGCAGUUCUGGCUUUGGCUUUCUUUGCAUAUGAUGAUUUACCACAGACUCUGGAAGUAGUAGAUCUGGAGUAUUUUGAGGAAGCAUGCAGAUUGCUCUUGAAAAAUCCUAAGGUAAGAGGUCCAGGACUUGGAAUUAUUGGUUUAUCCAAAGGAGCAGAAAUUGCAUUGGCCAUGAGUACCUUCUUAAAGGAAGUAGUGGCUUCAGUGUGCAUCAAUGGUCCAACAAUAAUGAUUACACCACUUCACUUUCAUGAUGUCAGUAUCCCUGGAGCUUCCUAUGCAAGUGAGAAGUUUCUCAUUAAUGAAAUGGGAUUGGCAUCCCUUUUCGAUUGUGUGGGACAUCUUCUGGAUGAAAAAUAUGAAGUGUCUACCAUUCCUGUGGAGAAGGCCCAAGGGCACGUCCUCUUUGUGGUGGGGGAAGCUGACCAAAGCUUCAAUAGCAGGGCGUUUGCUGAAGCAGCCCUGGCUCGAGCAAAGAAACAUGGGAAAAAUCAUUGUAGCCUGUUGUUUUAUCCAGGGGCUGGACAUCUGAUAGAACCCCCUGGAUCUCCAGUUUGCUUUGCCUACCCACUUCGGUUUUCUCCCUUGCCGAUCCAAUGGGGAGGGGAAGUGAAGCCUCAUGCUAAAGCCCAGGAACACUCCUGGAAUGAGAUCCUGAAUUUUUUUAAGUUUCAUCUUGGGCCACUUCAGAAGAGCAGCUUAUGAUAAAAGAAAGGCCAGGUUGUUUAGCUUCCUUUAGAAUUAUGGAGUUGGAUGGAGCCAUUGAACUCCAAUCUUCUACCCUGCGCAGAGGUUAAAGUUAAAACAACUCCUUUAGAUGAAGGGGAGCCCUCUAGCUCUUCGACUGAUUAGAUCCAUUGUUGAACUGCUGCUUGGUGUUAGUAAAUUUUUCAGAACAUUCAGAGUCUGCCUCACUGUUUAGAUGUCCCACCGGCUGAGAAGAAAACAGAUGUUAGCAUUCUCUGUGGGUUUCUUAAUGAAUGCUACCAUAUUCUUCCUUCCAUU